GUUCCGGCGGCAGCACCUGGGCCGCGGCUGGCGUCCUGCGGGGGCACGCUGCCCGCCCCUCUCCGCGAUGAGCUCGGCGGGCGCCGCGGACUCCCUGGCCGCGGGGACUUCUGUGAGCAGCCUCCAUGAGGCCCUGGACCAGUGCAUGAUCGCCCUGGACCUCUUCCUCACCAACCAGUUCUCAGAAGCACUCAGCUACCUCAAGCCCAGAACCAAGGAGAGCAUGUACCACUCGCUGACAUAUGCCACCAUCCUGGAGAUGCAGGCCAUGAUGACUUUUGACCCUCAGGACAUCGUGCUGGCUGGCAACAUGAUGAAGGAGGCACAGAUGCUGUGUCAGAGGCACCGGAAGAAGUCCUCUGUAACAGACUCCUUUAGCAACCUGGUGCAUCGCCCCACGAUGGACCAGUUCACAGAAGAGGAAAUCCAUGCUGAGGUCUGCUAUGCAGAGUGCCUGCUGCAGAGAGCAGCUCUGACCUUCCUGCAGGAUGAGAACAUGGUGAGCUUCAUCAAGGGCGGCAUCAAAGUUCGAAACAGCUACCAGACCUACAAGGAGCUGGACAGCCUUGUGCAGUCCUCACAAUACUGCAAGGGAGAAAACCACAGACACUUUGAAGGAGGUGUGAAGCUUGGUGUGGGAGCCUUCAACCUGACGCUGUCCAUGCUUCCUACCAGGAUCCUGCGGCUUCUGGAGUUUGUGGGAUUUUCAGGAAACAAGGACUACGGGCUGCUGCAGCUGGAGGAGGGCGCGUCCGGGCACAGCUUCCGCGCUGUGCUCUGUGUCAUGCUGCUGCUGUGCUACCACACCUUCCUCACCUUUGUGCUCGGUACCGGGAAUGUCAACAUUGAGGAAGCAGAGAAGCUCUUGAAGCCCUACCUGAAGCGAUACCCUAAGGGGGCCAUCUUCCUGUUCUUCGCUGGGCGGAUUGAAGCCAUAAAAGGCAAUGUUGACACAGCCAUCCAGCGGUUCGAGGAGUGCUGUGAGGCCCAGCAGCACUGGAAGCAGUUCCACCACAUGUGCUACUGGGAGCUGAUGUGGUGCUUCACCUACAAGGGCCAGUGGAAGAUGGCCUACUUCUAUGCCGACCUGCUCAGCAAGGAGAACUCCUGGUCCAAGGCCACCUACAUCUACAUGAAGGCCGCCUACCUCAGCAUGUUUGGAAAGGAGGAUUACAAGCCGUUCGGGGAUGAUGAAGUGGAGUUGUUUAGAGCAGUGCCUGGCCUAAAGCUCAAGAUUGCUGGGAAAUCUCUACCUACAGAGAAGUUUGCUAUCCGGAAGUCCAGACGCUACCUCUCUCCCAAACCGAUCUCAUUGCCAAUCCCUGCUCUGGAAAUGAUGUACAUUUGGAAUGGCUACGCUGUGAUUGGGAAGCAGCCGGAACUCACAGACGGGAUACUUGGGAUUAUCACCAAGGCUGAAGAGAUGCUGGAAAAGGGUCCAGAGAAUGAGUACUCAGUGGAUGAUGAGUGCUUGGUGAAGCUGCUAAAAGGCCUCUGUCUGAAAUACCUGGGCCGUGUCCAGGAAGCUGAGGAGAAUUUCAGGAGCAUCUCUUCCAAUGAAAAGAAGAUUAAAUAUGACCACUACUUGAUCCCAAACGCCCUGCUGGAGCUGGCCCUACUAUUUAUGGAGCAAGGCAGAAACGAAGAGGCUGUCAAACUCUUGGAAACUGCCAAGCAAAACUACAAGAAUUACUCCAUGGAGUCAAGGACACAUUUUAGAAUCCAGGCAGCUAUACUCCAAGCCAAGUCUUCUCUAGAAAAUGGCAACAGAUCCAUGGUCUCAUCAGUGUCCUUGUAGUUUUAUGCAGCACUCCCAGGCUGGAAGACAGAGACAGCUGGACAGAGCUCCUGAAAACAUUUCAAAAAGAUCCCCUCCCCCUGCCCUACCUUUGGGGUCCACCGGUGCUCCAGGGAUGGCAUGACAUAGGUAUCCAUGCAGAAGGGAAGCCGGCAUUUUCACCAGUGUGGCCAAGGGCCUUUACCAAGGACAGAGCAGGCAGAGCCCUCUGCCUGCCCUAUUACACAUACGGGUACUUGUUUUUCACUGUGAUGUUUAAGAGAAUGUAUGAACAGUUUACAUUUUCCUUAGAAAUAUAUUAAUGGGAUCACAGUUGGCUAAAAAAACAAACACCACCACCUGUAAAUCUUUGUUUUAACCCACACUGAUCUGGAGGUAAACCUAUUUAUGAUACUUUUCAAAAUUCAGCAAUGUCUCCGCUUCCAGGGCCAGAAGGGCCAUCAGGGCUUCUGAGGGUUGGGUGUAGAGGUUGCACACUGACACCCACUACCUUACUUCUUACUCUUCAUUUCCACUCCCUUAGUCACUAUCCAAUUUAAAACAAAAUUGAAUGGAAAUUACUUCACUAAAAAGACACGUGAGUUCUUCCGUAGGAAAAAGAGAAAAAAGUCAAUCUUUACCGGUAAGAAAUGGGAGUUGCUGCGGCCUUACAGAAGGGGGGCUGUGUGGCCCUUUCUAUGCCAAAGCCAAGAAGUUUGUGGGGGAAGGUUCUCAGACACCAGUCCACAUCCUCACUGUAUGCCACGCUGAAACUAGGAGUAAUUUACAAAACAAGAUUCUUUUGUACUUCACUAUGAGGUACAUUUUAUUUACUGACAGCAUUUUUCUUAGAAUGGUUAUUCCUGGCCUGUUGUGUGUUUUAGAUUUUUCAUUUAAGAGAAAGGAGAUAUUUAAGUAAUAAAACAUAUACUUAAGAGAUCAUGCAACAUUUAUUUCAGUAAAAUGUGUUGCUUGAAUUCUUGGGCAAGGCAGAAAGUCUGAUCAGAAGCCAUAUGGCCCAGGUAUGUUUUAUUUAGACAACAUGAUGCCUUAAAUGUUUUUAAAAUAACAUUUAAAAAUGGGGAGAUUUCACAAAUAAAUCUGGUUUCUGGA